UCCGCGCCGCACCCGAUCCCAACCCUCACGAAUGAAAACAAACGCAAAUAACCGCUCUCUGCUCCAUAAGAGCUCAGUGUAGUUUUCCCAGAACCGAAUCCUCUCUCCUCUUCACCCAACCAUGGAGUCGCGAGUGCUGUCACGCGCCACCGCCUUCGCGUCGGUCCCGAGCCUCCGCAAGUCGUCCCCGCGCCAGCCCGGCGCCGUCUCCUUCGUCUCCCCGGCUCGCCGGCCGAUCGGGACCGUCAGCGAGGGCGGGAACUUGAUCUGGGGGAGGCAGCUCCGUCCGGCGCUGCUUCUCGAAGCUUCCCCGCCGUCGUCAAGGAAGGAGAUUCUCAAACCCUGCCUCGCCGCCGCCGCCGAGGGAGGCGAUUCCGCCGGAGAAGCUAAGGUCGGGUUCAUCCAGAAGUACCCGGCUCUGGUCACCGGCUUCUUCUUCUUCAUGUGGUACUUUCUGAACGUGAUUUUCAACAUUCUGAACAAGAAGAUCUACAAUUACUUCCCGUAUCCAUACUUCGUGUCGGUGAUACACUUGGGAGUUGGGGUGAUUUACUGUCUGAUCAGCUGGGCCGUGGGCCUUCCUAAGCGCGCUCCUAUGGACUCGAACCAAUUGAAGUUGCUCAUCCCUGUUGCGGUGUGUCACGCAAUUGGUCACGUCACCAGCAAUGUCUCAUUUGCGGCUGUUGCCGUCUCAUUCACACACACCAUCAAAGCUCUAGAGCCAUUUUUCAAUGCCUCUGCUUCUCAAUUCGUGCUUGGACAGUCAAUCCCCUUGUCCUUGUGGUUGUCUCUGCUUCCUGUUGUUCUUGGUGUGUCAAUGGCAUCACUCACUGAGUUGUCAUUCAACUGGCUUGGCUUCAUUAGUGCUAUGAUUUCAAAUAUCUCCUUCACUUACAGGAGUAUCUAUUCGAAGAAAGCCAUGACUGAUAUGGAUAGCACCAAUUUGUAUGCCUACAUUUCAAUCAUCGCACUCUUUGUCUGCAUUCCACCUGCUCUCAUUGUGGAGGGACCUCAACUGCUUAAGCACGGUUUUGCUGAUGCAAUUGCUAAAGUAGGCCUUGUCAAGUUCGUUACUGACCUCUUCUGGGUGGGGUUGUUUUACCAUCUCUACAAUCAGCUCGCCACCAACACCCUUGAGAGAGUGGCUCCUCUUACACACGCAGUUGGAAAUGUGUUGAAACGUGUGUUUGUGAUUGGCUUCUCAAUUGUGGUCUUUGGUAACAAGAUUUCAACACAAACUGGUAUUGGAACGGCCAUUGCAAUUGCUGGAGUUGCUAUCUACUCGUACCUCAAGGCCAAGAUAGAGGAAGAGAAACGGCAAGCGAAAGCUGCAUGAGAAGAAAGGAAGAAUGGGACAUCGAGGAAAUCUCGCAUUGUAAAUUUCAUAAAUUUCCUUCAGAUUGAAAUGGCAGAUUGAGUAUCUAUUAUCUAUGUCAGUCAGAGUUUGUUUAUUUUCCUCUUCCUCUAUUUUUCCCCAUUGAUUCAGAAUACAAAGACAUUCUAAUUUGCAAUGGUCUCAAUAAUGUAUCAAUUUAAUCUGCCUCUCA